UAUUUUAUUUUAUUUUCAAACAUUUAACUCAAAGCGAAACCCCCGGAUCUCAACGCAAACCUAAAAAAAUGGAGAACAACCAAGAUGACCCUAUGGAGCCGCAGGCAUCCGGACAAGGGACAGGAGGCGACAAGAAAGAUGGGGACGACAAGCCGGGGACCUCGUCCCAGGCUGCAGGUGGAGCUCCUCCUAAGCGUUUCGAGGUCAAGAAGUGGAACGCAGUGGCUUUGUGGGCCUGGGACAUCGUCGUCGAUAACUGCGCGAUCUGCAGGAAUCAUAUUAUGGAGCUAUGCAUUGAGUGCCAGGCCACUAACGGACCAAUACCCUUUGACGGGUGCACACUGGCAUGGGGAGCGUGCAACCAUGCGUUCCACUUCCACUGCAUCACUCGUUGGCUGAAGACGCGCCAAGUUUGUCCCUUAGACAACAGCCAUUGGGAGUUCCAGAAGUAUGGCCACUGA